AUGGACGGUCUAAAACGCGCAAGGAUAAAACGUGGCGCUCAACGUGCACAAGCAACUAAAAUUUGGAACGAAGCUGAACUACUCAUAAACGGUGAAACGAACGAAGUUAAUAUUGAGAAACUACGGGUCAUUCUGGCAACGUACGACGCGAAAAUCGAAUUACUUCGAAAGUUGGAUGAGACUGUAUCAGAUCUAAUCGAAGACGAAAAGGGCUUAGAGACGGAGAUCGUUGAAGCCGACGACUAUUUAACGGAACUAACUAAAAAGAG